AUGAAGUCGACAGCUGUUGCUACCUUCGUGCUCUUUGGCAUUGCUUCUGCUGCUUCGCUGCCAGGCCAGCCGUCGUAUGGAAGCAAGAAACGUGCAUGCUGCCCAGCUGAGAUCGCGUUAGCCACUGGCAUACAUCUGAACAUUAAUGGCCAAUACUCCGAGUUCAAUACCACUCAAAAAAUCGAAGACGCCGAAAAAGCCCACCCCGACGGCCCUUCCACCCAGAUCUACGAGCUGAUCGGGCAACUGCAAGCAAAUGUGCAAGGAGGCCAGAACCUUCGUCUGUUUGCACGUACCCAUGAGACAAGCCAGCAAAUCGCCCCUGCAGGCAACCCGGCUAUCCCAGGACUGGCAAUGUACGCCGCCGCGGAAGAGACAGAGAAGGCACAGGCGAACACUGCACUCAACGGGAACUGCGCCCAUGACAAAGCCACUCUGGAACUGUUGAAGCAGGAGAUCACAAAGGGCAUUGCGCUCAACCAAGCAAAUUUGAAGGCUGCCGUGUCCGAGUGCGACUUCAACCUGGUAUUCCCGCCAGAGAACGAGAUGGGUGUUUAG